UGGAUUCAGUUUGAAUCACAGUUUCAGGGAAACCUCUAUCCCUAGAGAAACCUCCUCUCUCUGAGAAAUGAUAGCUUCAGCUACUAUUUCAGCGCCUGUGAGGUUCUCAAUCGCUUCUCGCAACAAAACCUCGCUUCCCAUUUCUUCACUCUCUCACAGAAUCAUUCUUGCUAUGGUGCAGAAACUCAACGAGGUCCAUAGAGAAUUACUCAACAAUCGUUACAGGCGUGUAUGCACAAAGGAAGUGAAUAAUUACAGGGGAUGAUCAUAUCUUUUGACAGGACUAUCUAGUAAGACUGGUGGGUUACCUUUAACCAUCGGAGAGAAGGAUUUUCGUGAUGCUAAUUAACGGUGCAAUAGAAGCCAAAAGGGGGAGUCCACCCAUAAUGCCAGCGGUAGUGACGCCAGGAGGACUUUUGGACCUCUCAUCUGUAUUAUUCAGGAAUCGCAUAAUCUUCAUUGGUCAGCCUGUUAACUCACAAGUGGCUCGGCGAGUUAUUUCACAGCUUCUGACUUUGGCAACUAUUGAUGAGGAUGCAGAUAUACUGAUGUAUCUGAACUGCCCCAGUGGAAGCACCUACUCUGUGUUGGCAAUCUACGAUUGCAUGUCAUGGGGUCAUGUGGAGGAUGUGAGACACCAAGUGAAUGAAGCAGUUCAAUCUCGCCAUAAAAUUGACAAAAUGUAUGCUGCUUUCACCGGCCAACCUCUUGAGAAAGUGCAACAAUACACUGAAAGGGAUCGUUUCCUGUCUGUUUCUGAGGCUAUGGAGUUUGGACUCAUUGAUGGUGUCUUGGAAACGGAAAACUGAAGGCUACACUUAUUUGUGCCCGACUGUUUUAUGCACUCAAUUUUUAUACUGCAGCUGGUUGUCAAAUUAUAUUUAGCAUUGCCUCCCAUGAUAGUAUGCCAAAACAUCCAUAGCUGCAUGUGUUUCUGAAAUUUUGGAUCCAGAUUUGAGUUGACUCCACUUCCAAACAAGGCCAUUGAUUUAUUGUUCUGAAGCUUGCUAUCAAUAUUAAUGCUAAUAUUUUGAGGUUUU